AGAACAAUCUGCCUCUUCAAGAUGAUGAAGGAGAGUGACAACGAGAACUCUGUUGUUGGGUCAGAGAGGUCACUCCGGUGUGGCCUGUCCUGCCUCGGUCCUCUGACCUUCUACUCUCAGGCUGUGGGAGACAAUGUGCGCCUGAGCCAGGGGUGUCGACUCGCAGAGAGGACGGGGAAGACGUUCAGGAACGGCCUGGUGUUCAUUAGCCGCCCAGUGAAGGUCCAGGAGAGGAUUCGUCUGAGGGUGGAGAAGGAUUUGAUGAACUGCCAAGGAGCUCUGCGUGUGGGCUUCACCAACGUGCCACCUUCAGCCAGAUCUCAGCCUCUGCCCGACAUGGCCAUCCCCAACCUCACUGACAUCUACGGGCACUGGGCUGCUCCCGUGCAUGAAUCCUACUGCCAAGCAGGUUCAGAGCUGGAGUUCUGGGUUUCCAAUGGAGGCUCCUUAUACAUUACUAGCAACAACAUCAGGCAGCACAAACUACUGACAGGAGUGGAUCUGAGCAAGCCGCUGUGGGCCAUGAUAGACAUCUACGGACAGACGUGCUCCAUUUUCCUUCUGGGCUCAGACAAAAGGGAGCUGUUUCGCACCAGAAGGUCCUGUCCUGCACCUGAACGCCCCACCUCACUGGAUGUUGACAUUCCCAGCAGGAUGACUCCUGCUGUGUCGAACCUCCAUGGAAACAGCGAGCAAUGCAUCUCCUGUCUUGACAUGGAAGUCCCAGCAGUUGUUGGGUCAGAGAGGUCACUCCGGUGUGGCCUGUCCUGCCUCGGUCCUCUGACCUUCCACUCUCAGGCUGUGGGAGACAAUGUGCGCCUGAGCCAGGGGUGUCGACUCGCAGAGAGGAGGGGGAAGACGUUCAGGAACGGCCUGGUGUUCAGCAGCCGCCCAGUGAAGGUCCAGGAGAGGAUUCGUCUGAGGGUGGAGAAGGAUUUGAUGAACUGCCAAGGAGCUCUGCGUGUGGGCUUCACCAACGUGCCACCUUCAGCCAGAUCUCAGCCUCUGCCUGACAUGGCCAUCCCCAACCUCACUGACAUCUACGGGCACUGGGCUGCUCCCGUGCAUGAAUCCUACUGCCAAGCAGGUUCAGAGCUGGAGUUCUGGGUUUCCAAUGGAGGCUCCUUAUACAUUACUAGCAACAACAUCAGGCAGCACAAACUACUGACAGGAGUGGAUCUGAGCAAGCCGCUGUGGGCCAUGAUAGACAUCUACGGACAGACGUGCUCCAUUUUCCUUCUGGGCUCAGAGAAAAGGGAGCUGUUUCGCACCAGAAGGUCCUGUCCUGCACCUGAACGCCCCACCUCACUGGAUGUUGACAUUCCCAGCAGGAUGACUCCUGCUGUGUCGAACCUCCAUGGAAACAGCGAGCAAUGCAUCUCCUGUCUUGACAUGGAAGUCCCAGCAGGUGAAAGCAGCACAAUGUCCUGUGUGGUGUGCAUGGCAAAAGAGGCCAGAAUCACUCUGCCCUGUGGCCACAGGUGUUUGUGUGACCGCUGCGCCCCCAAGGUCUGCCAGCAGUUUGGCACCUGCCCGCUAUGUCGACGGGACAUCUGAGCACCAUCACUGGAGGGGAGGUCUGUCAUUUGGGGGCUCUAAGCUCCGAGACACCAGGCAAGGCUCAUCAAAUACAAGCUACUGAGUGACUGUAACAAAGAAAACACGACGAGCAGCGCCCACCUAAUGUGUCCUGGUAGCCCAGUGGUUGGGGAGGUUUGCCAUGUGACCACAGUGUGCCUGAUUCAAGCCCAGCCAGGAAACUUUGUCGCAUAAUUGUUAUUCAACUCUCUCUUCCCUAACAUGUAAAUGUUGUAUAGCAUGGAGAUGUACUGCGAUGCUGAUGUGAAUAUAUUAAGCAGAUCAUGUAAAAGAAUGUGUGAAAAAAGAGGAAACUGCACUUUUAUUGUGAUUGAUAAAUAAGGAUAAAGACAAACAUAAAACAUUUUGGUGAGGACAAUCUAUGACUUAUUGCACUCAC